GUCGUUUUGAAUUUAUUACUUUCAAAUAUGCCAUAUUUUAACUAUUUUUUAGCAAAUGUUUAUAGUGAUUUAGUGUCCUUAGUGACGUGGAAUCCUCAUUUCAGUGUCUCCCGGUGGCCUUCUGCAGUACCUCGCCCAAACACCCCUUUUUUCUCCCCCGUCCCAUUGAUGCUAAUCAUGAUGUAAGCUGCACGAAAAUAAUCAAAAUUCCACCAUGAAUUUUAGCACGUGCACGAGCUGGUUCUGUUCCAAAGAUGAAGAGGAAAAGAACAUGUGCAACCACAGAGCGGAUAACGAACAUCAGUCGAUCAUAACCACCGAGCAAACUGCAAAUACGGCCAAUAAUUCCGGUUCGUGUGAUGACGUCGUACCGCCUUCGAAAAACUGUUUUCGAUUGGUAGUUCUAGGCUCGUCGAAAACCGGGAAAACUUGCCUGGUUUCCCGCUUCCUAGGUGGGAAAUUCGACGAAAGCUACACGCCUACGAUCGAGGAUUUCCACCGAAAGUUGUACCGGAUUAGAGGCGAGGUCUAUCAGCUGGACAUCUUGGACACGUCCGGAAAUCAUCCGUUUCCGGCUAUGAGGCGGCUGUCGUUCAUGACAGAUUUAAAAGGUGAAGGGGGAAACCUGCAACAGGUACUCGCCUAGGAAAACCUACUAUGUGCCAGAUGAGUUAUGUGGGAUUUUUACCUCACUAAAAUCUAGCCUACACCUCUGUCCUCUCUCCAGGAGCGUUCUUUCCCCGGCGGCACUCUUUGUAAAUACUACUUCAUCGGGGCGUUUUAUAUGGUGUUACUGCUGUCUAUUCUUCGUAAGUAGUGCGAAGGUCCUUGAGUAUGGUCCCAGCAUACUCCGCUACCUUCUUCCAUGCCGAUUGACUCUUCAGCAUGCAGUCCACUAUAUUUUCUGGGCUGAUGGACAAGCCUAGAUUUCUCUCGAAUUUAUAUAAAAGUUUAUUUGAUAUGAACUAUAU